CGCUUUUGGCUCUCAUUCACGCGCUUCCCCUCAUUUCCAAACCAGGUGCUUUGCAGGGCGGGAAAUCUCUAAGAAAAAACACAACACUUUAUGACUCUUCGACCGCGGAACUUUGCUUUCACCUCGGUGGAUUUUCAUGCGUGUUGCUGUUUUCCACCUUAUAGCCUAGCACGGUUUUUUGAAAAAGAAAGUAUACAUAGCUGGACUUAGCGAACGAUUUCUUAACUCCGGAGAAAUUGGACAGUGUGGAUUUUUAUUGAUGCUGUUUUCCGACUUCGUCUCAAGCAUUCGAGAACUGGCAUGAUCUGUGUCUGCCAGCAAGACAGGUGAAUAUUUUUUUCCCCUCGGUUGGUUUUGAGAACUUUUUUCCACGUUACUUUUAAUUGGGGAUAAAAGGCACACUCUUUAAAAAUGUCAAAGCCUGUAGAUCAUAUCAAGAGGCCAAUGAAUGCGUUCAUGGUCUGGUCCCGCGGCCAGAGGAGGAAAAUGGCACAAGAGAAUCCCAAAAUGCAUAACUCAGAAAUCAGCAAAAGACUUGGCGCGGAGUGGAAGCUGCUCUCUGAAUCCGAAAAGCGUCCUUACAUCGACGAAGCGAAGAGGCUGCGAGCACAGCACAUGAAAGAACACCCAGACUAUAAAUACAGACCCAGGCGCAAACCCAAGAAUCUACUGAAGAAGGACAGGUAUGUGUUCCCUUUGCCUUACCUUGGGGACACGGAUCACUUGAAAGGACUCUCAGCCUCGGACUCUCUGUUGAGCGCAUCAGAGAAAGUCAGGGCAUUCAUGCCCCCGACCUCGGUACCUUACUCGUUCCUCGACCCGAGCCAGUUCACCUCCAGUGCUAUCCAGAAAAUGACAGAGAUGCCCCACACCAUGACCACCAGCAGUUUGGGUUACGGCUCGUUGGGAUACCAGAACGGCGCGUUCGGCAGUUUGGGUUGCCCCAGCCAGCACACCCACACCCACCCGUCGCCCACAAACCCGGGGUACGUGGUUCCCUGUAACUGUACCGCCUGGUCGGCGUCGAGUUUACAGCCCCCGGUUGCCUACAUACUUUUUCCAGGUAUGACCAAGAGUGGGAUAGACCCAUAUUCAUCAACACAUGCCACUGCUAUGUAACGCGCCAGACAGACUGACUGACUGAGUUUCUGUUUAAACAAGUAAUUUGAGAACAGCAAUGCAUGUAUAGGUUAUAUGGACAGAACAGUUCGCCCCCCCCCCCCCCCCAAAAAAGAGAAAUGACAAGUAUAAAGGCCCGUGGACUUAAGAGCAAAACGGGCGAAAACUUUUCACGAGAUCUGAACAAGACGUUGGUUCCUGACCUCAUGGAACUGGGACGGAACUAUGUACGGCAGGUGCUCUGUGAACUGUAAGAAUUAUUGUAAAUGUUAUAACGUUUAUUAAUGGCUACCGGAAAAGGAGGCCUUUAACUUUAUUUAUUAUGUACAUCUUGAUGCUAUGAUAAUUUUGUUUGAAUUAUUAUUGAUAUUAUUAUGAUAACCUUAUUUUCCAAAUUUGGCUUGCACAAAUUUACGAUAGCCUUCUUGUUUCCUGUAUAAUGUGUUGCAUUUUGGCACUCUGAAUUUCAGCUGGUAUGAUAGGGUCAAAAUUAAAGACCUCUGAGUUAAUAAGUAUACGGGUUAUAUUGUUUCUAUGGACCGAACUGGCACAUAACUAGACAGUCUAUUUAAAAUAACAAAUGAAAAAUCCUUAUAAUUUAAUAAUGUUUCAUUUUAAAUUUUUCCUGUGGUUCAAGUGCUAAUAGUCACACGUCAUUUUUUUUUUUUGAGGAAUAACUUCUUAUUUGAAGUUAUAAGCAGUUAAUGUUGUAUUUUUUAAUGUAAAACCUGUCAUGUUAUGGUAAGGAAAUGUAUCUUGAAGGGUGAUACCUCGGUUCUUUGUUCAUCUGCCGAGCUAAGACUUUUUGAAUAAAGGACAAUCUGUCUUAGAACAUAUUAAAUUCCUGUAUGGUUAUAUUGCAGUAGCGUGUCAUUGGAAGGUACAGCACAACCCGGCCUGGUUGAGUUAACCCAAAGUGUCAAUGUGGUAGGCAUCAGAGGACAACAACACAUUUAAGAACAAUAUUUAUCAAAAUAUUUCGGAAUAUUAAUACUAUAUUCAAUUUGUUAUUUGACCAACCUCAAUAUAAAAAAAAUGUGGUUUAGCCAUUUGACCUAUAUCAUUACAUUGUAUUAUCCUACACCCAGGCUGUGAGCCAUAGCAAAUUAGACAGUAAAUGUGCAUGUAUGAGUCAUUUUUUAUUAUUAAUUACAAUGGAUUUCACUACAGUAUACCUACUGCAAAUAGAAGAUUCGGCAAAACAAAAACAGAUGAGGAAACAAAGCGUACCUUCAGCAUACUCUCCAAAUGAUCAUUAUCGCUCUAAUCAGCGUCGUUUGAUUGAGGUGACGUUUCAUGCGCGUGGCAGCUGGCCAUCUGGAACGAAUGAGGAGAUGUGAGAUAGUGCUGACAACGCGUGGCGUUUAGGCCUACUCUUUAGGGACCAAUAGAAGAAUUCAACGAUAAACGAUUAAACGUAGCCUAGACCUUUAGGCAAACAGAAGGCAAGUCCGCGUUACAGAAGCCAUAAACUAUGGAUAGCCUGAUAAUUGAAAUGUAUACGUUUAGAAAAAAACCGCUUAAUAAAUAAUGUAUUGUUUAGCAAUUACAAUUGACAAUAUUUUGCAACAAGAAAACCACUAUCAAAUAAUAACAACAACAAAACAACAAUAACAAAGCAAAUGAUUAGGCCUCUCAAUAAAAGCAAGCAGAGGCCAAUAGGCUGGCUAGGUUCAAGUUUGAAAUAUUUUGUGAAAUAAUCAGUGAUUUAAUUUUGGCCUUGUGAAAUCACCAGCCUUGCAGUGACCAGGCUAUAAUCAGUCUCUAUCGGGUUCUAUAGCAGUAACCAGGCUAUAAUCAGUCUCUAUCGGGUUAUAUAGCAGUAACCAGGCUAUAAUCAGUCUCUAUCGGGUUCUAUAGCAGCAACCAGGCUAUAAUCAGUCUCUAUCGGGUCCUAAUGCAGCAACCAGGCUAUAAUCAGUCUAUCGGGUUCUAUAGCAGUAGCAUGACAGUAUUGGCUCAUCCUGUUGUAGGAUAGCUUUAACUCGGACUGACUGGCCUGUCACUUCCAAUAGUGUUGCUAAUAUGUUGCCAUCAGAGCUCAUAUUGCCAAACGCGUUGCUCAACAUGUAGGUUAUUUCAGUCCGCCUCUAGCCAAAGCCCUAACAUUAUGGCUGAUGUUAUUAUCACAGCUAUACACAAAUGACUAGGUUAUAUUACCUGUUGAGUAUUACAGAGAUAGUAGCCUGACAUAUUAUCGUAUGCCUUUAAUAUGUCAGAAUGGGUUCCCUAUUGAAAUCCUGACCGAUGUAUUUUUAUGUGGCUGUCAAGCUGUCAAACGUUUUUUUUUUAUUCAACUUUCAAUGUAAUAGCUUCUGCAGUUUUAGGUGCGGUGCCUGCGCUCUAAACAGGUUACAAACAUGUUCUCUGCGUUAAAGGUGUUGAGGUACUCUUUAGUGACACUGAAAUGAACCGACAGAAUAGUCUUUGAUGUUCGACUGAGCGGAGAGGAGAGGCCUCCUCCCUUCAGGGAUUCCGCUCGUCAGACCUGUUUGACUGACUUGCUAAAGCACAUCAAGCGGGUGUUCUUGUUCAUUUAAAAAAAAAUAAAGAACGUACAUUUAAUAGAACAACAGGAUAAAAUGUUGAACAUAUUACGUUAUGGGAUAAUAUUAUAGGCUACAGAUUCAAAUGGACUUUUGGAUAAAUAUGACUCAAGUCUCAAGAGCACUGAUAUGUUCCGGAUCUGUCACAUUCAUCACAUUAAUUUAGGCCCUAAAACUGUUUUACACUGUACCCGAUGUUUUAAC